GUUGCUCAUUAUCACUUCUAUAAUCUCUCCUACGUCUGUUUACAGUUUAAGCACCACACCCCAAAAGGAGGAGACUCAAAAACCCUUAAAAUCCCCAUAAGAACGCUCCAAUCCCCCAUCAAAAAGAAAUAAUUAAUGGACAUGGACAUCGAUCCUCCAAGCCAAAUCAAAGACAAAGACCUUUUCAAGGCAGCAGAGACAGGCGAUUCUUCGACAUUCAAAUCCCUUCCACCAGAACUCCUCUCCAAAGCCCUCUCUCUCCAAAACGACGACGGCCGCUCUGUCCUCCAUGUCGCCGCCUCUUCUGGACCUCUGAAAUAUUACCUUUUAGGAGCUGAUGUUAAUUUGAAAAAUGAUGGCGGGCGCGCUGCUCUUCACUAUGCUGCUAGCAAGGGAUGGUUGGAGAUUGCUCAGCUUUUGAUCUCGCAUGGUGCAAAUAUCAAUAUCAAAGACAAGGUUGGUUGUACUCCGUUGCAUCGAGCAGCAAGUACAGGGAACUCAGAGUUGUGUGAACUCUUAAUCGAGGAAGGAGCAGAGGUUGAUGCUGUUGAUAAAGCUGGUCAAACUCCUCUCAUGAAUGCAGUUAUUUGCAAUAACAAAGAGGUGGCUCUCCUUCUAAUUCGACAUGGAGCAGAUGUGGAUGUGGAAGACAAGGAAGGAUACACUGUACUGGGUCGAGCUUCGGAAGACUUUAGGCCAAGUCUGAUUGAUGCUGCUAGGACUAUGCUUGAAGGAUGAGUUUGGAUACUCUAGGAUGGAAGUUUGUCGAAUUUUCAAAGUGGCUGGGUUAUGCAUCUUGAAGAAAAGUGUUUUGCGGAUGACUCCACUUGCAGCUAAAUAGAAACACAGAAAAAUAAUUGACAGUCUUACAGCAGCUUAAAUUACCAAGCGCCAUCAUUCAGACCUUUUUUGUUCUGUAGUUUUUCUGGCUAUGUUUUCAACAGAUGAGAGUUGCUCUGUGGUAAUCGCAUUCCCAGUUGGCUAGUUUGCCUUUUUGGCUUGUUACAAGUUUUUUACUGCUUCUUUCUUUGUUUCUGUGAAUGUUGCCAAC